AUGUUCGACAUCGAGUCAUCGAGAUCUGCGUUCGCGCAAGCAUACGGCGCAACCCAAGCCCUAGUGCCUCCAACCAAUGAGGAUACAUACAAAGAUUCUUUGCAGUUCUCGCAAGACGCCAAUGUCGAGAGCGUCCCAGUGACGAUUCACGAUGUCGCUGGAGAUGAGCUGCUGUAUAAUUUGGACGAGCACGGUUUCAAGUUUCACUACCACAAGACCAAGGUGUCGAACUUUGAUGACCCAGAAGUGGUGAAGACGGAGUACUUCCCUGAGGUUGAGAGAAUGCUCAAGGAAGUCACUGGUGGAAAACAUGUAUUCUGCUUCAAUCCAAUCCACCGAAAGCCGCCGACGGACCCAACCAAAGUUGAGCAGGGCCCCGUCGGCGUCGUUCAUGUCGACAUUACACCGAAGGAAGCUGUGGAGGGCGCCUGUUUGGACAUCGGACCUGAAGCUGAACAGUACCUGUUGCUCAAAGGAAGAAUGCAAAUCAUUCACGUCUGGCGGCCUUUGAAACCGGUUUACAAAGAUCCUUUUGCCGUGGCGGAUUCUAGAUCAAUCCCGCAGGAAGAUCUCAUCAGCACAAAGCUGAUCUAUCCUUACCGAGAAGGGUCUACUUUCAACGUCGUUGCAAACCCGAGACAUCGAUUCUACUACCGCUACGGCCAAACGCCGGACAUUGUCACUUUGUUCAAGAGCUUUGACUCUGAUGCAAGUGUUGCGGGCCGGAAUCCUCAUUCAGCUUUCGUCGACCCUGAUACUGUGGAUCAUCCCCAUCGCGAGAGUUUCGAGCUUCGGGCUUAUGUCUUCCAUUGA